AUGAUGAACUUUACAUACACCAACACCACAGCUGUGGUAACGAAACUGCAGCAUUCCUCCAACUAUGACUGCUAUGUCUACACAGUUAACCAGGCAGGCCUGGGAAGCAGAAGCAAAGUGAAAACCAUCACAACCUUGGUGCAGCCUCCAGUGGGUAUUGCUGCAACGCAGACUAGCCAGGUUACAGCAAGAAUAACGUGGGAGCCGGUGAAUACGGUCCUUAUAUACCAUGUCAGGAUUCGCAAUCUAGAUGAUCCCAACAGCCAACCCUCUUUAUACAAUGUCUCAGACACCAAGCUGGAUGUUCCAGGCAUCCUCCCAUGCUCCACCUAUCUGAUAUCAGUGUCCUCAUACAGCAUGUUCUUGGUGCUGAGCGAGCCCACGGACUACACAUACACCACCAACAAGCUGACACCUGUUUCAUCGGUAUCAGUGGACUACAGCUGUACCGCUAACUCUGUCACCGUGUCUUGGCCGGCUGUUUCGGGGGCCACGUCCUACAGGGCCGUGGCAGUUGGCAGUAAUGGCACACAGCUGGAAUGCACCAGCCAAAGCACCAACUGUCCGAUUAAAGGACUGAGCUGUGGUCAGGAAUACAAGGUGUAUGUGACGCCCAUGUCAGAGAACUGCAAGAACUUAAUCAACAACACCUCAGCCACCUUUAAUACUGCCCCUUGUCCUCCAGCCAACCCGAUGUUGUUGCGGGAUUGCAACAGUGAUGUCAUCAUUUUUUCGUGGAAUCAGACAAACAAAGUAGACCGCUACUUGGCCAGGGCAGUCGACUCCAAGAAUCUGCAAACAGCAACCGACUGCAGGGUUGACAGUUUGCUCAGCAAGUGGGACAAUGCUGAGGGGGCACUGUACUACACCGUGGAAGCUGUGGGCAACUACAAAAACAGCAGCUACAACUGCAGCUCAGUGUCCAACAGCUGUGUUAUGGAGGGCGUCAAGUGUGGAGACCAUCUGACCGUCACCAUCAGAGCUUUUGACAAUGACUGUCCCAGUCCAACAAUGCUGGGGUUACCGGCUGAGACAAUCCCAUGCACUCCCCAGAUCAUCUCAGCAGAGAGAAAUUGUGCAAAAGACUCCAUCUAUGUGAGCUGGGGGAUGAGCAACGCAGCACUUUUCUAUGUUGCAAUGGCAAAGGACAGCAAUGGGGUCAUUCAUAGCUGCAACUCCAUGGAUAUGUUCUGUACGAUCAGUGGCUUGAAGUGCAGCACCAGCUACAAAGUCUAUGUUAUUGCCUCCAACUUCAUGUGCAACAGCUCUGAGAGUGACAUGGUCACCAUACUGACAGCUCCCUGCCCACCAAAUAACCUCACUGCCACCCUGGACUGUGCAGCCAAUGAGGCUCUGAUUUCGUGGCAUGGAACGUUCAGUAACAGUUCCUAUACUGCUACCAUUAUAGAUUCAAAUCAGAGACUUUUAAGCUGCAGUUCCACUGCAACCAACUGCAAAAUACCUAACCUGAAAUGUGGCGAGCUCUACACUGUGACUGUCAACCAGCAUGACGGCAACUGCUCCAGCAUGCCCUCUAAGCCCCUCUACAUGGAGUCUGAUCUAGCGUAG